CUUGAGAUUAUUACGACAUUCGGAGCUUGGGAGACUUUUCAGAUUCGCAGAUGACGAUGAUGAUGACGACGAUAUCAACCCUAGAUGGCGGCGCAGGCGCAGGAAUCGACCUGAUCCUAAUCGAUUCCCGAAAGUCCCAAGUGAGAAGGGUGCAGAGUUGAUGAAUUCCGGCGAUUUUGGAUACAACGAAGCGCAAACUGUAACGUCGAACGAACAAUACAAUAUCGGGAAGAAGAAGAAAUUAGCCAUGAGAAUAUUGGAUAGGGAAUUGGCAAUUGGUAGUCCAGCGAAGCAGAAGAUCAACAGAUUAUCUAUGGCCCAAGGCAUGAUUCCUGCUUCUAAUGCGGAUAUGAUCAUCCAUUAUAAUCAACCAGUCUAUUCUGGACAGUUCUCUGAUGAUGGGAACUUCUUCUUCUCGGUCAAUAAGGACUAUCGAGUACGAAUGUACGACACCUCGAAUCCAUACAAGUGGCGAUACUACAAAACGGUGGAUUAUCCUGGUGGCCAGUGGACACUUACCGAUGCUUCUCUGAGUCCAGACAACAAAUAUUUGGCCUACACAUCCAUUCGAAGUCAAGUAUGUCUUGCUCCGACAGAUCCUAAUGAUACGGGUGAUCCAUACAUCCUAGAUUUGGCAGCGGAUACUGGAACUGCGCGUGGCUAUAGGCAAAGAUUUGGCGGGUCCUUUGGUAUUUGGUCUAUUCGUUAUUCUGGUGAUGGACGCCACCUGGUUGCUGGAACAACUGGUGGUUCAGUUGUCGUCUACGAUAUUGAAUCUCGGACACCGCUGCACAGAAUAUUUGGCCACGACGAGGAUGUCAAUGCUGUGUGCUUCGCCGACAAGUCCUCUCCUCAUGUCCUCUAUUCUGGCUCUGAUGAUACCAUUCUGAAAGUCUGGGAUACCAGAAGUAUGGGUGAUAGUCGCGCAGCAGGAGCUUUUGUUGGUCAUAUCGAGGGGUUGACAUACAUUGACAGCAAAGGAGACGGCCGAUACCUAAUUAGCAACGGCAAGGACCAGAGCAUGAAGCUUUGGGACCUGAGAAUGGUAAUGCCUACAGGAGACUUCGAAAGCAUUAGGCAUCGCCGUCGAGCGACUCGUGAAAACAGGUUCGACUACCGCUGGGGCGAAUACGACGAAGACGAUUGGUACGCUGAUCCACAUGACAACUCACUCGUCACAUUCCGCGGUCAUCGAGUCUUGAGGACUUUAAUUCGUUGCCACUUUUCUCCUCCAGCUAGCACUAAUUCCAGAUAUGUCUACUCUGGAAGUGAAGAUGGCAAAGUGUUCAUCUAUAAUAUGGACGCUACGCUUGCUGGAGUGGUCGAUGUUUGUGAAGCUACCAAAGCUUCGCGUCCACGUUCCCGUCAUUUCGAAAUGAUGGGCUGGAACGACGACGAUGACGAUGUCAUGAAUGCUAGAUGGCGAACUUGCGUCAGAGAUGCGAGCUGGCAUCCUAAUGCACCUAUGAUUGUCGCUUCCGCCUGGAACGGGUACGGAAUGUCGACGGGAACCUGUACAGUCCAUAGUUGGAACGAUGGUGCUGAGGACGAUGAGGCAGAGCCAGGUAUGGGAUUGAGGGUAGAUCAGAAAUUGAACAUCGAUCCGGAUUUCUACAGAGAUCAGGAUAGGCCUGCACGCAGGAGCUUACGUACUUUGAGGGCUUAUGUUCCCGAGGAAUAGCCAGCCCUCUUCAAAGUCGUAGGAUGGAUGGCACAAAUGGUGGAAAUGAAUUUUAGAAGACUCCGGAUUGGAAAUGUACAUAUGGGAGGUUGAGACUUCGGGCACUUAAAUUGCAAGGUAUCAAGCAU